AUGGCGGCAAAAACAACUGCGCAGCUCGCUGCCAACGAUGCGAACAGUUUUGACUAUGUUAUCGUCGGUGGUGGAACUGCCGGCUGUGUCAUUGCUAGCCGGCUGGCAGAGUAUCUGCCCCGCAUGAAGAUCCUGCUGAUUGAAGCCGGCCCAAGCGACUUCAUGGAUGAUCGCGUUCUGCUGCUCAAGGACUGGCUCAGCCUGCUGGGAGGUGAGCUGGACUAUGAUUAUCCGACCACUGAGCAACCAAUGGGUAACAGCCAUAUCCGACACUCUCGUGCCAAGGUGCUCGGUGGUUGCUCAAGCCAUAAUACCUUGAUCUCGUUCCGCCCAUUCGAGUAUGACUGCAAACGCUGGGAGGCCCAGGGCUGCCAGGGCUGGUCGUUUGAUACCUUCACCCGCGUCCUGGACAACCUACGCAACACCGUCCAGCCAGUCCAUGAGCGACAUCGAAACCAGCUCUGCAAGGACUGGGUAAACGCAUGCUCAAGUGCCCUCGAUAUUCCCGUUAUCCCCGAUUUCAACAAGGAGAUUCGUUCCGCGGGAAAAUUGACCGAAGGCGUUGGUUUCUUCUCCGUGUCAUACAAUCCCGAUGAUGGCCGCCGCAGCAGUGCUAGUGUAGCAUAUAUUCACCCCAUGCUGCGCGGAGAAGAGUAUAAGCCGAACCUGACUGUGUUGACCAACGCAUGGGUCUCUCGAGUCAACGUCUCUGGAGACACUGUGACUGGAGUGAACGUCACUUUGCAAUCUGGCCAGAAGCUGACGCUCAACCCCAAGAAAGAGACGAUUCUCUGCGCUGGCGCCGUUGAUACUCCCCGCCUUCUUCUCCUUUCCGGCCUCGGCCCCCGCGAGCAGCUUUCUUCCUUGUCCAUCCCUGUUGUUAAGGACCUCCCCGGCGUUGGAGAGAAUCUGCUAGACCACCCCGAAUCCAUCAUCAUCUGGGAACUCAACCAGCCCGUCCCGCCAAACCAGACCACCAUGGACUCAGACGCAGGCAUCUUCCUGCGCCGAGAGGCCUCUAACGCCGCUGGCUCCGACGGAAAUGCUGCAGAUGUGAUGAUGCAUUGCUACCAGAUUCCCUUCUGUCUCAAUACCAGCCGUCUUGGAUACGACACACCCAUUAACGCCUUCUGCAUGACACCCAACAUCCCCCGCCCUCGCUCCCGCGGCCGCCUCUACCUCACAUCCUCAGAUCCCAACGUCAAACCGGCCUUGGAUUUCCGCUACUUCACCGACCCAGAGGGCUACGACGCGGCGACCAUCGUGCACGGCCUCAAAGUCGCCCGCAAGAUCGCGGAGCAAAGUCCCUUCAAGCAAUGGAUCAAGCGUGAAGUCGCACCAGGACCAAAGGUCAACACUGACGAGGAGCUUAGCGAGUACGGCCGCCGUGUUGCACACACCGUGUAUCAUCCGGCAGGCACCACGAAGAUGGGCGACGUGGCACGCGACCCCAUGGCGGUUGUCGACCCGCAGUUGAAGAUCCGCGGACUCAAGAACGUGCGGAUUGCGGACGCCGGCGUGUUUCCGGAGAUGACCACGAUCAACCCCAUGUUGACCGUGCUGGCGGUCGGGGAGCGGGCUGCGGAGUUGAUCGCAGGUGAGGCUGGGUGGACAGGGUUCGCCGCCAGACUGUAG